GUGAAUUCACAUGUCAGUAUAUUCAAGAAGAAAUUAGAAAUAUAUCGUUAUGUCGUGGUUUAAUAAGGUUAUGAUACAGUUAUGCCUGGUGUCGUUGCUCCAGAUAAUGGUAAACACCCAAGGCCUAAAAAAUGAUUCCAAGAAGCUAGUCUGCUAUUUCACCAACUGGUCUCAGUAUCGUCCAUCGAUUGGAAAGUUCACUCCCGAAGACAUAAAUCCUUUUAUUUGCACCCACAUUAUCUUUGCAUUCGGCUGGAUGAAAGAUAACCAACUAACCGCCCAUGACAGUUCUGAUGAAAGCACAAAGAAGAAGAAGGGCUUAUAUGAACGCGUGACAGACCUGAAGAAGCAAAACCCAUCUUUGAAAGUUCUUCUAGCAGUAGGAGGCUGGACGUUUGGAACUCAACUAUUUAAAGAAAUGUCAUCUAACGUCUACAACCGCAGACGCUUCAUUUUCAGUGCUUUGGAGUUUCUCCGCCAGAGGAACUUUGAUGGUCUGGAUCUAGACUGGGAAUAUCCUAACGGCCAGGAAGACAAAGAAAAUUUUGUAGAACUUCUCAAGGAAUUUAAGGAAACAUUUGAGGCUGAGUCUGUAGAACGUCGUCUGCCCAGACUGAUGUUAACAGCGGCCGUGUCAGCUGGAACAACGAAUGUCCGCGCAGGUUACAAUGUAGCAGCCGUGGCAGCGUAAGAACAUCUUUUUUUUCUAAAAAAACGAGGAUGUCCAUGUUUGUCAAAGAAAAAGGGGAGCAGCCUCGUUGUCCAAGUAUUAGAUAUAACAGUUAACUAUGAUUUUGGAGUUAAACUAUGGGAGAAACAUGGGGCUCCGAAAGAUAAAAUAGUCGUUGGCAUGGCAACAUACGGUCGUAGCUUUACUCUUUCGGAUCCAAAGAGGAGUGGAUUAGAUUCCCCCACUGUUGGAGGGGGAACCCCUGGCAAGUACACUCGGGAAGCAGGAUUCAUGGCUUACUAUGAGAUCUGCCAGAUAUUGAAGAAGGGCGCCACCUAUGUUUGGGAUGAACACAUGCAAGUUCCAUACGCUUCCUUUGGAAACCAGUGGGUUGGUUUUGAUGACGAGAGAAGUAUCAAAAUAAAGAUGAAGUGGUUGAAAGAGAACGAUUAUGCCGGAGCUAUGGUGUGGACUGUUGAUAUGGACGACUUUCGGGGGACCUGUGGGACUCCCUCUUCCUUUUCACUUAUUAGCGUCAUGGCCGAAGAACUCCUGAACAAGUCCACCAGGGGGCGUGCCUACAGCUUUCAACAACGCCUACAAUCAGCUUCUCAAAAAACGUCGCCUUCUGAAAACACAGUUGUUAAAAAGUUACCUACUUCACUAAAGGAGGUCCAAAAGUCGAAGUCAUCAGGAUCCAACGCUAGGAUAAUUUGUUUUUUGACUAAGUGGUCUUUCAAACGACCGGGAGAUGGUGAAUUCGAGCUCAGAUAUAUAGAUGCGAACCUCUGCACACACGUGGUCUAUGCUUUCGCUGGGAUCAAAGACUAUGUGAUAAAUACAACAGACGACUCGGGUGUGGGGCUUUAUGACCAAGUAUUGGCUCUGAAACAGAAGAACAACAUGUUAAAAGUGUUAUUAAGCGUUGGAGGCUGGAUGAUGGGAUCUACGCCCUUCAGGAAGUUGACGGAAAAUACAUAUAG